AUGUCUCCCUCUCCCGAGGUGCUCGACAAGGCUACGAGCCAUGCGACCAGCGGAAGUACCUCGCCGCCCACAACAGACAACAAGAAACUGAGACUGUCGUGUGACAACUGCCACGCCGCAAAGGUGAAAUGCACCAAAGAGCGACCCCUAUGCACGCGGUGCGCCAACUCCGGGACGCCUUGCAUCUACUCCAAGUCGCGACGGGCGGGCAAGCCGAAAGGCUGCGGUAAGAAAGCAGGCUCGUUCAGCAAAGUCAACAGCAACAGCAACAACAACGGCACGCCUUCUCUCCCCACUGCUGCUGCUGCUGCUGCCGCCGACUUUUCGAGCCACCCGGACUCUCCUCUCUCAGACGCCCGUAUGAGCAUGAGCAUGGACUUUGACGACGCCUGGAGCGUCGACCUAUCCGGCAGCCGGCGAGGCUCCACGCUCGACCCGACCUUUACGACUCUCCAAGCCAUGGCUGCCGCCGCCGCCGCCGACACAAGCACGUCGACCUCCUUCUCGCUCGACCCCACGCUCACCCAGACAUUCACACACUCGACAAUCGACACGGACGAUUUCUCCGCGUCAGGGUUCUCGACCAACAUGUUGUCGGCGUCCGUUUCGGCAUCGACAUCCAACUCGAAUUCGAAUUCCAACUCCGCAGACUUCAAGCUCUCCCCCGGCACGGAGUGGAUGUGCGGCCUCGACUCGGGCGGCACCCAUCUCCCCUUCACGACGGCGGGGCCACCGACGGACAGCCUGUCCUGCGGCCCCACGGCCAUGCUCUACUCGGACUUCAGCUCCGACACGAGCACGCUCAACGACGACUGCUCCAUGUCGGCGGCGUCGCUGUCUGUGUCGGGCUCGGCCGCGACCUCGACCUCGACCACCUCUCAAAGCUGCACCUGCACGUGCACGGGCUCCCUACAGGACAUCCUCAGCGCGCUCAACGCGACGAUGCCGUCGUUUGACAAAUUCCUGGCCAUCAACAAGACGGCCGUGCAGCGCAUGGCGCACACGCUGGCGUGCCACUGCCUGCCGGACAUCUCGUCGGUGAUGCUCCUGUCCGUCAUCAUCACGCGCAUCGUCCAGACGUACCAGAAGAUCCGCAACGGGGAGCACCCGCAGGGAUGCGAGGCCGUCGGGGUCACGCUGGGGUCGAUGAAGAUGGACAGCGAGGACGAGUAUCAGAUCAAGAUGGUCUUGAUCCGGUCAGAGCUGCGGAAGAUCAAGGCGCUGGUGACGCGAUUUCGGGACCGGUUUGAGAAUUCUCUCCAGGGCCCCGAUCGGCAGCUGUAUGAGGCGAACAUGGCGUUUUUGGAAUACGGGCUCGAGGAUACGAUUAGGGGGUUGUGA